UCGUGUGUGUGUGCAGCAGGAAGUGAAGUAAUUCUCAUGAAUCAAGGAGGAGUGAGCAGUGUUUCUCUUGUAGACAGGACAACCUAAACAUUCACCCUGGCUGUCCAUAAUACUGUAGAGCUGGUCCUACAUCAGAUGAGGGAAUAUGUUGGCUAUGGACCAAGGAGUAGUGGAGGAAUGGCUGUCAGAGUUUAAGACCCUCCCAGACAGUGCCGUGUCCAGCUACGCCGCGUCUCUGAAGGAGAAAGGCUCCCUCGUCCCUGCGCUCUACAAAGUCAUCAGAGAGAACUACAGUGACCUGCUGGAGUCGGUGUGUCACCAGCUGUUUGAGUUCUAUCGUAGCGGGGAGCCGCGUCUCCAGCGCUUCACCCUGCAGUUCCUCCCAGAGCUGCUGUGGAGCCUGCUGUCCGUCAGCGCCGCCCGCCACCCCCACACCUCCGGCUGCAUAGAGGCCCUGCUGCUGGGCAUCUACAACCUGGAAAUAGUAGACAAAGAUGGACAGAGCAAAGUCCUCUCCUUCGCCAUCCCCGCCCUCUCCAAGCCUUCAGUAUACCAUGAGCCUUCAACAAUUGGCUCUCUGGCCUUGACGGAAGGCGCUCUAGCCAACCAUGGUCUUAGUAGGGUGGUGUACAGUGGGCCCCACCUCCAGAGAGAGACCUUCACUGCUCAGAACAGGUUUGAGGUGCUGACCUUCCUGUUGCUGUGUUACAAUGCAGCGCUCAGUUACAUGACCUCUUCCUCCCUGCAGUCACUCUGCCAGCUCAGCUCCAGGGUGUGUAUCUGCGGUUACCCUCGGCAACAGCUACGCCGCUAUAAAGGCAUCAGUGCCCGAAUGACUGUGACAUCAGAGUUCCUGGUCCAGCUCAUCACGGGAAUACACUACGCCCUGUGUAAUGGGGAGGCUGACGUGGGUUCUAAGGCACUGGAUGAUGUUCUGUACAGAGCUCAGUUGGAACUGUUCCCUGAAGCACUGCUGGUGGGCAACGCCAUCAAAUCGUCCCUGCAUGGGGCAGCGCUGAAGAGCAACAAGGAGGGGGCUCGCAGCAUCCAGGUGGACAUCACCCCCACCUCCUCACGCAUCUCACGCAACGCCGUCACCUCGCUCUCCAUCCGGGGGCACCGGUGGAAGAGACACGAAUCCCAGGAGGUCAGUAUAGACAGUGAUCCCGCCCUGGGGGGGGUCUCUAUCCCCGAGAUCAGUGUGACGGGGGUGAGCGGCGAGCGCAUGCCCAACGGAGACUCCCUGCGACCUCGCUCCGACCUGCGAACACAGCCUGACCCCGAGCCACUGGGCGGAGCCUCCGAGGUCAGCUUGGACACUAGAGGUCACGACCCCCCCAACCCCAAGGGUCAGGAGGUCAGGAGGCAGAAGUCUGUGAGGCGAUUGGUGGAUGAGGGUACUGGGCCCUCCUCCAUAGGGAGGAGCCAGCACUAGGCUCCACCCUCUCCUCUCCCCCACCCACUCCCAGGGGUAACCUAGACGCAGUGGAUCUGGGUUCCCCGGACGAGCUGAUGGAGAUCUCUGAAGUGGACGAGGGGGUGUGGCCGGGUGGGGCUGGGCCUGACCUGACUCCACCCACCAUCACCGUGAGCAACAGUGUACCCUCGGCAACACCCGGGGGAAAGGCCAAUAAGAGAAACCGACUGGGCGGGCGAGCCAGUAGGGAUAAGGAGGCGUGUCCCUCCAUGGGGCGGGCGGCAAGCGAGAGUGUGGAGCUGUCAUUCAAACGUCUGACGCUGACCUCCAGCCAAUCGGUGCCCAAGGCCGGGGCUCUCAGUAACCUGACACGUA